UAAUGCCUGCCACUUUAUGUGUGAUCACUCCCAUUUUUCUAAAUGGUUCCCCUUCCGGAGGAGUAUAUGGUUAAAAUAUGGAUGCGGUUAUAUAUACACAAUAUUUGGUCUAUACAUCCCUUUGAAACAUCUAGGGCACCGAUAUUGUUAUCCCAGGCUGAACCAAUUAUCCGGUCCAUGGUGUGGCGCAGGAGAGGGCCGAGAUCUCUGUGGAUGGGCGCUGUGCGUUCCACUGUGGAACGCGCCGGGAUCCUCCCCGGAGGUUGCGGUGCGUUCCACGGUGGAACGCACAGGAAGUUACAUUACAGGCCGCUUGCCGGAAGUGGCCUUGCGUUCCACACUGGAACGCAUGGCGAUCCGGUUAUUAUGAGGCCCCUUAUGGCUUGGAGCCAGAUUUAGGGGGUAAUGAGGUAAAACCGGCCUAGACUAUAGAUUAUUUCAGAGUAGGGAGGUGGUCCUUGGGGUUAUUACAACCAUAGAUUCCACCAAUAUUGUCUGAACUUCUACUUCCGGCCCUCUCUCUCAGGGACGCCACCCCCAUGUGCUUUCCUUAUUCUAUUUAAGCGUCCAUUAAAGGGGAAGUACAUACAGUGGAACUAUCUCCCUCUGAAGUAUUGGAGACCCCUGUCUAAAAGACCCCUGAAGGUAAAGAUUGAGACAAGUUAAUAAAUGUAGAUAUAGACUAAUUAUAUUUGGAUUGAUGAUCGAGUCUGAAUUAUAAAUGUUUAAAAGGUUUAUACGAUAUUGUUUACAUUUUCAAUGCCUAAUAGUUUGAUGUGCAAGUGUAAUUACACUGUACUGGAUAUGUAUAGUAGAAUUGUUUUUACAUCUAGCCUUUCUUGUGUAAAGAUUUUAAUUUAUAAUCUAUAUAUAUAUAUUUUUUAUGUAUUGGAAUAUGUGCGUAUUUGUAUAUCUGUCCAUCCUGGGUACUAAGUUAUUCUACAUGUUUUACUUUAUUCUAUAUAUUUUUCUUUUGGAUACCCCUGAAGGAGGGUUAUGAAACCUCCGAAACGCGUUGGGAUAUUUUGUAUUUUUCCUAUAUAAUAAACUGCUAUUGAUCAGAAGCCUCAUCGUUUGGCGGCCAUCAAUCGUUAUCAUCUGAUAUGCGAUCCUGGCUAGGGGGGCAGUUGGUCACGGGUGUCUUGAGCUUCAUCCUGUGACUACCCCCCCUGUGAAGUGAGUACUCUAAUCCUCAGAAUUACUAACUUCCUGCUAAGGAGAUUAUUCUGUAUCGUCACCUGACUAAAGGGGUGAUUGAUUACUUACCCUAUUUAUCUCCUCCAUACUCUUGGGAGUGGUGCCUUCUAUAGUGUUUUUUUUUUCUUUUUGGGUCACGUCUGGUUGGAUCCAUUCAGUUGUUUGGAUCCACUAGACAGGACUCAUCCAAUACUGGUAUCUCUGUAUACCAAGUCAUCUUUUCCAGGUAAGACCCACACAAUGCUGGGGAGCCCAAGCGAACCGGGUGUCAUACCACGAGCUGUGAGAGGCCUGCUGCAGAUGACUCGGGAGGCAAAUUCUAAGCUUGAGGAGGAGAACUGGAGCUACUCAAUGACCAUGUCCUAUGUGGAGAUCCAUCAGGAGAAGGUGAUGGAUCUUCUGGAGCCCACGAACAAGGCCCUUACAAUCCGAGAAGACAAAGACCACAAUAUCCUCAUCCCGGGGGUAACUCAGAAGACCAUCAACACCUUCUCAGACUUCGAUGAACAUUUCAUUACUGCAACCCAGAACCGCACAGUGGCCUGCACCAAACUGAACAACCGCUCCAGCCGUAGCCACGCUGUGCUGCUCAUCAAGGCAGAGGAUCUCGUCCAUGCUGUUCAAGAAUUCAACCCUGGAAGGUUGUUGUUUCGAGGCUUUUCCUCAUUCAGAUUGUGCAGGAGAUCUGACUUGCACUGUAAUAAAAGCUCCCCUGUCUGCGCUGCAUUGAGGGAUACGUCACGGAAAGAGAUCCAUCUUCGUUGGAGGUACAUAGAAGUCCGGCUGGUCGGGAAGAAGCGUUCCGGAAGAAAAGGACUUCUUUCAAGCAGCUGCAAGGGACGGGAAAGUACAGCACCAACAAGAAGAUGGAGGCUCAGAAAAAUAACACAAGAGGGAGACACUCCAUGGGACCUCACUACCAGGGAAGAGCUAGGCAUCCUCGGAAUGGGAUACGUAUCCAGCUUGUGACACUGGUGGUAAGCAUGUUGGUGGCAGGCUCAGCCUCUUCAGGGGAGGACCUGGGGACUAAUAUUGGUAUGGCCAGCAUAUCACUUGAUGGACCCGGCCUUUUAAUGGUGGAAUGUUUGGGUGGCAAAAUCCUGGAACCAUACGAGCACGUUACCUUUACACCAGGUCAAUGGUAUCUGUAUGG